AUGCAGUUCGAAUCGGAUUUUCGGUUCGACAUGGACGAUGGCUUCAGCAUGUGCAGCCAGGCCAUGUCAUGCCCCUCGGCCGGCACGAGCUUCUCCUCCGCCUCGUCGGCCUACGACCCCUUCACCCCCACGUCGAGACGGUCGACGCCCAACGAACUAUCACUUGACUUUGACGGAGCCUCGUUUGGCGCCUCGGGCCACGCUGACCUCACCUCGCCCGCAAACAACAUGACCAAGUACAUGUUUGGCCCCGUCAAGACGGAGCCCGAGCACAUCUCCUUCCCCAACAGCCUGCCGAGCACGCCCAUGAAGAAGCUCGACGGCAUGGCCACGCCCGACUACGAACACAUGCUGGACAUGAACAUGAACUCGCAGCACUCGAUGGGCUCAGUCACUCCUUCCGGUCCCUAUCCCAUGUACACCAUCUCACCCCAGACGACCAUGGGGCCGACGUCCUUUAUGAUGACGCCCACUCACAGCCUUUCGGGCUCCGAGAUGGCCGAGUCCUCCUCCUCUUGGUCAUGCGCCAAUGACAGCCCCAUUUCAUUUUUCCCUCAAAAAAGCCUCGCUCCUCACGACCUGGACGCCGUCGACCUCGAGCGACACUCGGAAUCACCCAUGGACCGCUACCACCUGCACUGCCCACCAUCGCCCGGUCGUCUUCGUGCGCACCGCAAGAUGAUGGUGCACGAAAUCCAGCGCAAGACGACGGAGCUGCAACGUGCCCAGAUCCGAGCGACGACGAGAAAGGUUCCCGGACCCGCGGACAAUGCCUCGGUGGACGUGGUUCGCAGAGCCAUGUGCAAGUGCGACUACCCCGGUUGCCACAAGGCGUUUCGUCGCAACGAGCAUCUCAAACGCCACAAGCAAACCUUCCACGGCGAAGGACCUAACCGAUUCUCGUGCGAGUUUUGCGGCAAGGACCAGUUCAACCGCCAAGACAACCUGAACAAUCAUCGCAAGCUCCACGCGAGGCCCAACAGCCGCAACCGCGGUGUCGAGUUCAUCCCAGCCGCCGUUCCUGUUAUCGAGCAAGAAGAGCGAAGCCGCAAGAGGCGGGCCCCACCCAAAUCAAAGACGGCUGAGAAGCGGGGCGAUGAUUUCUGA